UAUAUUUAGGCUUAACCAAAGUGGGAAAAAAACACUGUCAACACACUACGUUACCGAUAAUCGCCACAGGCGAGGCGUGUUGCUUUCAAGUGCACUUGAAUAUUCAAAUACAACAGUUCUGUGUACAACACAUAGGUAGCCUACAACCGAAGAUCUAUUCAAGCCAUACUGACACAACAAAGAGCGAGAGUGACUGCGUGUGUUUCUAAUAUUCUGUCUACUGCACUUGAAGGCAGCAUAUGAGGUAAACGGGAGCAGAGGAAGAGCAGUUUAGCAGCGUGGACAUGUCGGACCCGGCGGCGCAGGCCUUGCAACCCCGGCUUCUCCAAGUCCAGUCUACUGGGUCAGCUGGUUCCAGUACUGCUGCGACAGGCUCCGGAUCAGCGAAUAGUGACCCGGCUAGACCGGGACUUAGCCAGCAACAACGUGCAAGCCAGAAGAAAGCCCAAGUCCGAGCUUUCCCACGGGCGAAAAAGCUUGAGAAACUUGGCGUAUUCUCCGCAUGCAAGGCUAGUGACACAUGCAAGUGCAAUGGAUGGAAAAACCCAAAUCCACCCUCAGCCACACGUAUGGACCUGCAACAGCAAGCAGCCAGCCUGAGCGAGCCGUGCCGCAGCUGUGGACAUGCUCUGGCUGAUCAUGUGUCCCACUUGGAGAAUGUGUCUGAGGAUGAGAUAAACCGGUUGUUGGGGAUGGUGGUGGACGUGGAGAACCUAUUCAUGUCUGUACACAAAGAGGAGGACACUGACACCAAACAGGUCUACUUCUAUCUAUUCAAGCUGCUGAGGAAAUGCAUCCUGCAGAUGAGCCAGCCAGUCGUAGAGGGAUCCCUCGGAAGUCCACCCUUUGAAAAGCCCAACAUCGAGCAGGGGGUUUUGAAUUUUGUUCAGUAUAAAUUCAGCCACCUGGCACCAAAGGAAAGGCAGACCAUGUUUGAGCUGUCAAAGAUGUUCCUCUUGUGCCUAAAUUACUGGAAGCUGGAGACACCAACGCAGUAUCGCCAACGCACUCAGAAAGACGAUGGGACAGCAUACAAAGUGGACUACACCAGGUGGCUGUGCUACUGCCACGUGCCCCAGAGUAACGACAGCCUGCCGCGCUAUGAAACCACUCACGUGUUCGGCCGCAGUUUGCUCAAAUCCAUCUUCACUGUGACCCGACGCCAGCUUCUGGAGAAGUUCAGAGUGGAGAAGGACAAACUGCUACCAGAAAAACGCACACUCAUCCUCACACACUUUCCCAAGUUCUUGUCCAUGCUGGAGGAGGAAAUCUAUGGUGAGAAUUCACCAAUCUGGGAGUCCGACUUCACCAUGCCUGCCUCUGACGGCACACAGUUGGGACAUCCGACCGUGAUCAGUCCUGCUGCAGUGUCCGGCUCCCCCGCUCUGCCCAAAGGUCUGAGCAGCAUCUCUUCUCUGGCCAGCAUGGACACUGGAGGCGCGGAGCCCAUCACAGGAGAGAAGCGUAAACUUCCGGAGGCACUGACCCUGGAGGAUGCCAAGCGGAUCCGUGUGAUGGGAGAUAUUCCUAUGGAGCUGGUCAAUGAAGUCAUGAUGACAAUCACUGACCCUGCUGCUAUGCUUGGACCGGAGACUAAUCUGCUGACGCCAAACGCUGCCCGUGAUGAGACUGCCAGGCUGGAGGAGAGGCGGGGAAUCAUAGAGUUCCACGUCAUUGGAAACUCCCUUUCCCAGAAGUCUAACAAGAAGAUCCUGAUGUGGCUGGUGGGCCUGCAGAAUGUCUUCUCUCAUCAAUUACCUCGCAUGCCCAAAGAGUACAUCACACGACUGGUCUUUGACCCGAAACACAAGACCCUAGCCCUCAUCAAAGAUGGCCGCGUCAUUGGAGGCAUCUGUUUUAGGAUGUUUCCCACUCAGGGCUUCACGGAGAUCGUCUUCUGUGCCGUCACAUCCAAUGAGCAAGUUAAGGGCUACGGUACCCACCUAAUGAACCACCUGAAGGAGUACCACAUCAAACACAACAUCCUCUAUUUCCUCACUUACGCUGACGAGUACGCCAUUGGCUACUUCAAGAAGCAGGGCUUUUCCAAAGACAUCAAAGUGCCGAAGAGUCGGUACCUUGGAUACAUCAAAGACUACGAGGGAGCGACCCUCAUGGAGUGUGAGCUGAACCCGAGAAUCCCCUACACUGAGCUCUCUCAUAUCAUUAAAAGACAGAAGGAGAUUAUUAAGAAGCUGAUUGAGAGGAAACAGAGCCAGAUCAGGAAAGUUUACCCAGGUCUCACCUGCUUUAAAGAGGGAGUACGACAGAUCCCAGUGGAGAGCAUUCCAGGCAUAAGAGAGACCGGCUGGAAACCCAGUAACAAGGACAAAGGGAAAGAGGUGAAGGAUCCUGACGUGUUAUACAACAUGUUGAAGAACCUCCUGGCCCAGAUAAAGACUCAUCCUGAUGCGUGGCCCUUCAUGGAACCAGUGAAAAAAUCGGAGGCUCCAGAUUACUACGAGAUCAUCCGCUUUCCCAUCGACCUUAAGACCAUGACCGAGAGACUGAAGAAUAGAUACUACGUGACCAAGAAGCUUUUCAUUGCCGACCUGCAGCGAAUCAUCACCAACUGUCGCGAGUACAACCCUCCAGACAGCGAGUACUGCAAGAGUGCCAACACCUUAGAGAAGUUCUUCUACUUCAAAUUAAAAGAUGGAGGCCUGAUCGAGAAAUGAAUUUGGCAACACAGAUAUUUACAGAUUUCUUAACAGACGAGGGGUGACUUUCACACACCAAGAUGGGACAACAUUGCUAGCUAUUGUCAUAUCCGAGUUAAUGAAUGGUAUGUACAUGACAUUUUACAAGGGAAUUGUCGGACAGAGCGUUGUUUGGAAAUAUUUGAUCAAGUUGAGCGCAGUGUCAAAAUGGCAUUACUUUUCCCCUUUAUGUUGUCAUUUUCUCUUUCCCAGUACUCACAAUGGGUCAAUACUCUGCAUAUACAUGUCUAAUUAAGUGUACCAAAGUUAUAGGUCCAAGUUAUAACAAUGCCACACUUUUCACCAUUAUUUAUAGUAUGAUUGACCUGGUUUUGUCGCGUUUAAUGACAUUUAUUCAUUCCAAUUUGCUUAAAACUUGUCACUCAAGGAAACAUUUAUGUAGUGUAGAGUUGUUUUACAACAAACUGGACCUUGGGACCUAAAGCCACGUUGCCUUCCAUUACUGACAGACACUUGAACAUCCCAUCCAUCUUCAUGGGUAUAAAGAUAAAACUUUGAGGGGUGAAGUCCUUAAAACACUUGGCGCUGAAAGAUUGGUAUUACUCUUGAGUAGUCUUGAAAUUAUUUGAUCUGUCGAUUGGUUAAAAAUUUAACCAAAUUGUUACAAGUCGUUAAUGGAGUGCAAAUAACUAACAUUGCUGUUUUUUUAGCUUAGAAUAUUUUGACUGUUAGUCAGAAAAGAGCAAAUUAUCGUAUAGGCAAUAGCAAGAUUAUUUUCAACAUUCUUCCUUAUUCCAAACAAUUGAUUGAAAACAUCGUAGAUGAACCGAUAAUAAAAAAUGUUUGUUGCAGCACUACUCUUGAGUAGUUUGAGACACUGCUAUUGAUGGACUGGAUAUCAAAUAUUUUUUUUUAGCACUAAACAACAUUUCCCCAAUCGUUGCCUUCAAGAAAACACUUGUUUUCAUGUUGACAACAUAGUAGAUGCUUAUUUAUACAGUAAAUAUGAUAUACUGUUUGUACAUUUUCCACUGGCAGGGUUUUAUUCCAAACCAUUCAGGAUGAGGUCGCACAUUAGUAUAGCUUUUAUCAUGUCUGCAGGUGAUACUGUAGUUGUUGCCAUUGUUUGUUCUGUUGCUAGACUCUGCAGUACAGUCACUUCCACACACACACGCUAAGUAGUUUAGUGUACAGCCACAUUUCUUUGUUGUGGUCCAGGUUUACUGGAUAGUUUGUUGAUACAGUUUAAAAAUGGUGGUGGGGGAAGCUAACCAGCAGUCUUCAUAGUGAUUUUCGGGAGAAGAUAACUAUUUAUCACACUGUACACAAGCUGUAGUGGGUUUCAAUGCAUGGUGGACUGUUUACAAUUUCAAUUCAUAAAAAACACCCAACUCUUA